GCCGGGCUCUGCGGAAUCAGGACUAAACUCUGCCUGGCACCAGCUUUUGGGAGAUGCCUACCAAGUGAGCCCUGGAUAAGGUCGUGGAGAAAAGAAGGUGCUCGCCCACUCUGGUUUUUUGGUACGCAGGAGCGUUUGCAGUCGCAAAACCAGCGAGUUCAUGGUGUUAAUAAUUACCCUGGGAGAGCACGAGAGCUGUCUGCGUGUCCAUCGGCCCCUGCUGCCGCGAUCCGGCAAAAGGCUGCGGCUGAGAAACUGGGAGAGUUCACCCUGGUGUACAGGUUUCCGUGGAUUAAGUACUGCAGGGUGCUGUCCAGGCUGAAGCUGUUACAGACGGCCACCACCACGCUCCUGCUGCCUCCCAUCUGCUACCUCUAUCUGCAGGACCAGGUUUCCCAGAGUGUCCUCUGCUAUACAACUGGCGUUGCGUGCUUUGCCGGUGCGAUGUUGUAUGGUAUGAGCUACUUUUUCAGACGAAUUAUAGGAUUGAUCUACCUCAGUGAAACUGGCUGUACCGUCAAAGUGUCCCACUUGACGUUCUGGGGGAGACGGAAGGACAUUUACUGUCCCGUAGAGGCGGUGGUGACUCUGGAUGAAACUGGAGAUAGCAAGGGGGAGCUGCUGCUCCAGUUCAAACGGUAUAAUAGUACAGAUAUUUUAUAUUUUACAACUAGAUUUGGCCAGAUAGUAGACAGACAGAAGUUUACUCAAAUAUUCGGAGAACUUGAGUGA